ACGCCAAACAGAGAUAUGGGAAUUUUCACAAUGCUCUCGACCACACUCUGCCUCCUGUUUUUCUUGCUCUGUCUUAAAACUGCCUUUUCAUCCUCUUUACACCUCUGCUCUCAUGAGGAGGCUGCUGCUUUGUUGCAAUUCAAGACAUCCUUUCCCAUCGAUUACACUGUUUGUUAUACUAAUUAUUCUAAGACUGAGUCUUGGAAGGAAGGUAUAGACUGCUGCUCCUGGGAUGGGGUUAGCUGUGAUAAUGUCACAGGUCAUGUAAUUGCCCUUGAUCUCAGCUCCGAUUGCCUUUCUGGCACCUUUCCUUCGAACAGCACUCUUUUUCUCCUCAAAAACCUAAAGAGCCUCAAUCUUUCCUUCAAUGAUUUUAGGUUUUCCGAGAUUCCACCAGAAAUCAGUCAGUUUACUAGACUAAAGCAUCUUGAUAUCUCUCAUUCUGAAUUUUCGGGCCAAGUUCCAGCAGAAAUUGCUCACCUCUCAAAGUUAGUUUCUCUCAAUCUCUCUGACUUGUUGAGUUUUGAGUAUGAUAAUAUAGUCGUUUCGUCUCUUGGUAAUUUGAUCCUUGAAACAACUACCUUGAGAAAUCUUGUUCAGAAUUUGAGUGAGGUGAGAGAACUUGUGCUUAGUGGAGUGAACAUGACAUCUGUUAAUCCUCGUUUCUUCAUGAAUCUCUCUUCUUCAUUGACUACUCUUGAUCUUUCCUACACUGUGUUAGGAGGAAACUUUCCAAACAGUAUUUUCCACUUGCCAAAUCUCAAGAAUUUUUAUUUAGAUGGAUCUUUUGGAGAGCGAAACCUCACUAUUGAUCUUCCAAGUUCCAAUUGGAGCAGUCCUCUCCAACAGUUGUAUUUACAUGAUGUGGAUUGCGGAAGGCGAUUGCCAGAGUCUAUAGGAGAUCUAAAGUCAUUACAGUCUCUGAGUCUUUUUUACUGCAACUUAGAAGGUUCCAUUCCAACUUCCAUAGGUAACUUAUCUGAACUUACCUCUCUUAACCUUGCAAUUAAUCAGUUUUCUGGUCCCAUUCCAGCUUCCAUAGGUAACUUAAGGCAACUUACCUCUCUUCACCUUUCCUGUAAUCAGUUUUCUGGUCCCAUUCUAGCUUCCAUAGGUAACUUAACGCAGCUUACUAGCCUAGGCCUCUCUUCUAACAAUCUUAGCGGACAAAUCCCAUCAUCACUUGCAAACCUCACCCAACUUACCUAUCUUUCCCUUUCCUAUAAUCAGUUUUCUGGUCCCAUUCCUUUUCAUGCUAUUAGGUUUUCCAAACUAAGCGAGCUAGACUUAUCUUAUAACUUACUUAACGGCACGUUGCCACCUUGGAUUUUCACCCUACCUUUGUUAGAGUACUUGUAUCUUAAUCAUAACCAAUUUCAAGGUCAAAUAAAUCAAUUCCAGGAAAACUCACUCACAUGGCUAGAUUUGUCAAACAAUAAACUCCAGGGCUCAAUUCCUAACUCAAUUGCUAAUUUAGUAAAUCUUAGUUAUCUUGAUUUAUCAUCAAAUCAUUUUAGUGAUUUAGUAGAAGCGGACAUGUUCUCGGCGCUUCAAAAUCUGGAAAUCAUCUUUCGUUCAGACAAUAAUCUGUCCUUGAGAAUGAAUGCCAAUGCCAACUUCACAUUACCCAAACUAACUUAUGUUUCCUUUUCUUCUUGUAACUUGAGUGAAUUCCCCAAUUUCUUAAGACAUUCAAAUGGUCUGCAAAACCUAAUGCUAUCCAAAAAUAGCAUUCAUGGAAAUAUUCCUGAAUGGAUAUGUGAAAAGGAUGAUCUCGAAAUUCUUGACCUUUCUCAUAACAAUUUAAUGGGGAAGAUUCCAAAUUGUCUUCCUAAGUUUCUCUCAGUGUUGAAUUUGCAGGCCAAUUACUUUGAUGGAAAUAUUCCCAGAUGGAUAUGUGAAAAGGAUGAUCUCGAAAUUCUUGACCUUUCUCAUAACAAUUUAAUCGGGAAGAUUCCAAAUCGUCUUCCUAAGUUUCUCUCAGUGUUGAAUUUGCAGGCCAAUUACUUUGAUGGAAAUAUACCAUUUGGGUUUCUAGAGUUCUGUGUAUUACAAAAUCUCAACUUACAUGGAAAUCAAAUGGACGGGCUAUUACCAAGGUCUUUGGUGAAUUGUAGCAUGUUAGAGGUUCUAGACGUCGGCAACAACAGCAUAGAGGAUACAUUUCCUCAUUGGUUGGAAUCUCUACCAGACCUUCAAGUGCUUGUCUUAAGGUCCAACAAGUUCCAUGGUUCUGUGCAGAGCACCAAAGAAAGUCCAUCUUUUCCCAAGUUGCGUGUUCUGGACCUCUCCAGCAAUUAUUUUGUUGGUGCUUUGCCUGUUCGGUACAUUGAAAAUUUUAAUGCGAUGAUGGACCCUCAUAAAGACGGGAAUCUUGACCGUAUUCAGUAGUAUUCAUCUCUCAAAUAACAUGUUUGAGGG